GGGAUGUAGAGUGCUGCAGAGCGCUCCACAUUGACUGAAGUCUAGGUUGUGAUUUUAUCAUCAGUGUUUUACCAUCAGCUUCAUCAGCGCAGUUUCCUCUUUGAACAUUGAGCCCUGUUCAUUCAAGAGCGUGCUGCAGACAAAUUCAGCGAGAUGGAGGAAGAGACCCAGUCUUUCUUGGGGAGGUUUGUGGACGAGUUCCCAGCUGCUCUGGAGGACGACAGUCCACUGCCUGUCAGCCCUCUGAGUCGCAAAGUCUCUCUGGAGGAGCUGCAUGGAGAGAGCCUGGAGCUGGGCCUGAGGCUGCUGACUGCCAGGGGUGCUCCUGCAGUCCUCAGCGCCUUCCUGUGCCAGGCAGCGUUUUCUCAGCUGCUGCGGGAGGACCUUUCACGUUUCCACUGCCCAGAGGAAACCGAGGCCAACCAGGAAGAAGAACACAAAGCAGUCUUACUUCAGUCAGAGGCAGUCCAACGCCUCUUCCUGAAUAAGGUGAUAGAUGUAGCUCUGGCAUGGCAUCAAAACAUCCCCAAGCCUUCCCCGUCAUCUUCCCAGUUCCACCCCUGCUCUGUUCAUGCCAUCAAGAACACAAGGAGAAAGAUGGAGGACAAACAUUUGGCCUUAGCUGAGUUCAACCAGCUCUUCGGAAUCCAGGAUGGAGUGGAGCGUGCCUACUACGCCGUUUUUGAUGGACAUGGAGGGGUAGACGCUGCCACCUACACAGCAACCCACCUCCAUGUUGCCCUGAGUAAACAGGAAAUGCUACAGAGCGACGCAGCCACUGCCUUUAAAACUGCCUUCAAACACACAGAUGACAUGUUCAGAGACAAAGCCAAGAGAGAGCGUCUGCGGAGCGGCACUACAGGCGUGGUGGUGCUGAUCCAAGGUCAAGAGCUGACUGUGGCCUGGCUGGGAGACUCUCAAGCAAUGCUGGUCCGAAAGGGUGAAGCUGUUACACUCAUGGAACCCCAUAAACCAGAGAGAGAAGAUGAGAAACAAAGAAUUGAGGAUCUUGGCGGCUGUGUCACCUUCAUGGGUUGCUGGCGUGUUAAUGGCACCUAUGCCGUUUCGAGAGCAAUCGGUGACUUUGACCAGAAGCCUUAUGUGUCUGGAGAUGCCGACUCCUCAAUGGUCCAGCUGUUUGGUGAUGAGGACUACGUGUUACUGGCGUGUGAUGGCUUCUUUGAUACAGUCAAACCUUCAGCAGUCCCAGAUCUGGUCUUGGACGCACUUCAGCAACUUGGUGACCCUGAAGGAGGAGACACUCAACAGAAACAGUCUGAGGAGAUUAUUGGGCUGAGAGUCGCUCAACAUUUGGUAAGUCAUGCUAAGGCAGCUGGCUCGAGUGAUAAUAUAACAGUGAUGGUGGUGUUCCUGCGUCCACCAAAGCAGUUGCUAUCUCAAGACCCUGCUACAGGAACUGCACAAGCUACUGCGGACUCCACUUCCCAAGAUGCUCGACAGCAGUGAAGGAGGGAAUCUGCUGUCCAGACACCACUUUGCUAAGCUACUGCCUGAAUCAGUAUAUCUCAGCCUUUUUUCAGUCCCCGGCUCCUGACAGACAGGAGGUCGUCACACUAUGUUGUUACUACUUUGCAAAAUAGCAGAUUCAAGUAUUACUAAACCAGACCACAUGGUCACAACGGUCUGAUGGAUGGAAGGCUACAGGAACCUGUACAGCUACCUGUAAUGGAACAGGACGUACUGAGUCCCCAGACAUGUUCUCACAAUAGAGAUGUGCAUUUUUUAUCUCAUCAGUAACCAGUGCUCAUGAGUAACCAUUAACUGACAAGAAACAACUUUUACAAGGAUACAUUUUUACAUAUGCAAACAACAGCCUAAACAAUAAACUAGACCAAUAUUUCUACAGUUUUUCCCAAUGAGUAAGUUACCUAGACUCCAUCAAAAGCAUCAGGAUAAGUCCUGCCGCCUAAAGGCAGGCACAUGCUUCUGCAACUGCGUCUGCGGCUUUUCACGCAGCUGUGUCGAAGGACUCGUUUUAAUUUAUGCUUCUCUAACGUGUUGCGCGUAUGCAACGGAAUUCGCCUUAGAGACGCCUUUUUUGUGUGUGGCAGUCGUCGUCGACUGUUUAUUUACAUCGCCACGGCAGCUCCUCAUAGCCUUCUUCUGGCGGACAAAUCCGCCAGUCAGUGACGGGUUAUACAAGUGGUCAUACUUUCGGAUUUCUUCUGCCAAAAAAUUGGGCGACGCACGUAAGGGCCCCGUAAGGGGCCUGCAAGGGCUCUUGCGCUUGCGGGCUUCUGAAAACGCAGAAGCAUGCGCCGGCCUUUAGUGUGUCGGUAGACCUUUAAACAUCCAUUCAGUUUAUACCAUCGUUGGAUGUCUGGCCAACCUAAUAUAGGUUCUAAAUGCUGCUUUGGUGAUUAUGAAAGUAAACUGCUGCAUAUACAGUUUGCAAUUAGAAUAAUCAACCCCCAAAAACAAGGGCUUUAUAUAUUUGUGGGCCUUUAGCUGUUUAGUUUCAUAAGAGAUACAAUUAAUAUGCAUAUUGCAAGUAUUGAGUCUUUGUUUCUGUUAUGGCACUUUUGCCUCUGAUGGAAAACUGUACUUUAGCAGACGUGUGAUUAUGACAUGAAAGGCCAAGAUGAUUUCAAUUUUUAAGCUGAACACUGAAAUGUGAAAUUUAACCACUAGAGAAUACUUAAUACUGUGUCUGCAUUGAAAGAUUUUAAUGUGAAAACCGUUUAUCUGAAUGUGUGGUUUGAAUUGAGCUCUUUUUAAAUUACAUUAUUUCUAACUUAAAGGUUUUUUUCAGCUUCACAAAUUCACAUAGAAGUUCCAGUUUCCCAAAUUUUCAGUCACUCAUCUAAACUUUUGUAAGAGACAAAAGUCUAAUUUCACAACAGUGGCAGAUUUAACUUCAAUUUUUUUCAAAAGUUUAUGAAGUAAUGUCUCCUUUCUAUCAGAUAGGUAGCCAGAAACAGAUUUUUAUUAUUCGCAGCUAAUUAAGCUAAGCUUCAUUAGUCCAUCGGAAAUGAUAUCGAUCUUCUUCCACAAAUGUCUGUCUGUAUGUGGGACACAUAUUUUUCUAAAACUACAUUUUAUCAUUUUCAAAGUUGGUUUGUGUAUUGUAGAUUGUCUGAGGAAUUGCAGUGCUGAGUGUGUACAAUUUGAACACAUGAUACAUUCAAUAUUAAUAAAAUGUGUAUAAAAAGGCGACGAGCGCUCUGUAUCAGUCAGUGGGGCAGUGUGCCUUCUGUCUUAGGACUGAGUUGAAUCAUCAUCUUCAUCUUUAGAUAAUUUACAGCAGUAAUGAAGCAAUUUUAGUUUCAUUUAAUGAAAAUCAUGAACUAUAUUGCACAUGAGUCAGGUCGGAUGAACCUGGCACUACAUUAGUUUUGCAAAAAUACUGUGUCUAAGGCUAAUGGCUGAGCGUCUUCAUGAACUACAGGUCAAUGUAUGUAGCAUUGGUCUUUAUAAGUUUUGUUACACAAACUUUUUGGGACCAGCCUCACAUAGCAGGACAUGCUACACGCUAGCUACUUCUUCAGAUACCAAACCAGAUACCAUGAUUUCGAUAAUUUCUGUAUGAUGAAGGGUUUCAGCAAGUUCAAUUCAAAUCACACAUGUGGAUGGUUUUUAACUAAGGUAAUGAACUCAUUAUUUCCUUGCUUCAGUAUUCUCUGUGGCAGAUUUCAAAUACUCUUAAUGUCUGUUACCUUUAUUUGAACUGUUAUUAUUUUUUGUCAAACUUAAGUUCUCAUCUACCACAUCUUGUACAGUGUGUUUUCUAAGACUCAGUAUUACAUGCAGUGUUUGGAAAUGACCAGGUGUCAAAUAACGAUGUAAAGAAGUCUCAGUGAGAUUUUUUUUUUUUUUUUUUUAAUUUUAUUUGGACAUGGACAUGACAAUGUCAUUGGACGAACCAGAUGCAUUGUUUAUACAGUGUAUUAGCAUAAAUGCUAAUACACUGUAUAAAGAGAAUCACAGUAGACAUAUUAAUUAAAGUAACACUGUGUAUAACAUACCAAAAACAGAAGAGUGUAGUUGUAUAAACAUAAACCGUAAUAGUAGAAACUUUUAACGAUUGCAGAUGGAAAACUGUAUCAGUGAAAUGUAACAUCUCACUCAAGCGUUUUAGCUUUUAAAAUCAUGACAUUUUCUAACUCCCAUUUGCAGUGGGAAGUGAUUUCUCACAAAUAACCUUAACUGUGCUGCAGUGGAUUACAUCCACAUUCAUUUUAAUAACUAACGCCAAACAGUAUGACAAUUAAGAAUAUUACACUGUGCACCUAGCAGAAAAUGACUUGGAUUAAGUCAGUAAACAGACUGUAAUGAAAAGGUGUUUAUGAGAUGUUUUCAAUCUCCAACCUGCUGGUUCUGUGCUUUAUAUAGGAAAAAGAUAAUACAGGGAUAAUGGAAUAUCUGCUUAAGCUUGUCUGGCUGAUGUGUGUUGCUUCUUUAACUGGAUCACAAACUCUGACAGUAUUUCUAACGCAUUAAAAUGUUUCCUUUCUUUCUUUUAUACAUUUUUAACAGAUCUUCAUAUUUUAUUGUGAACAUUAAGAUAUCAGCCUGUAAUGAUUUUGGGAUGUAUUGAUAAUGUUUUGCUCACAAGAUGGUUAACUGUUUUAUAUAAGGACUGAAUAAAAAGCUAUGAGUUUAAUAUA